GGCGGCGGCAGCGGGCGGACCGGGCGCCGAUCCUGUGCCUGCCUUCCUCCUGACUCCUGCCUGUUUCCUGGCUCCUGCUGCCUGCCGCGCGGGCCGGGCUGUCCGUCCGGCGGCCUGGUGGCACUAGCGGGGCGGAGAGGAUGAGCACGGCGGGACCGGGCGGCAGCAGCAGCAGCACAAGCAGCAGCAGCAGCAUCAGCGCAAGCAGCAGCAGCAGCAUCAGCCGCUGCCGCGGCGGCGGGGCCGGUCACUGAGCGAGGAGCACCGCGGCGGACGCAGGGCAUGGAGCCCCAGCCCGGCGCCUCCCGCCCGGCCGCCGAGGAGGAGGAGGACGGCGGCGGCGGGUCCGGCGGGCAGCCGGAGGCGCUGUCGCUGGAGGAGAUCCUCCGGCUCUACAACCAGCCCAUCAACGAGGAGCAGGCGUGGGCCGUGUGUUACCAGUGCUGCGCCUCGCUGCGCGCCCGCGCCCGCCGCGGAGAGACCCCCGCCGCCAGGCUGGGGGCGGCGGCCGCGCACCUCCGCGUCUGGCGGGACGGCGCCGUCACCCUGGAGCAGGACGAGCCCGACCGGCCGCCCCCGCCCGCCGCAGAUAAAUCAGGCCGUUUACACUGCACAGAAAUGGAGGUUAUUGAAUCACUAGGGAUUAUUAUAUAUAAAGCUCUGGACUAUGGUUUGAAGGAAAAUGAAGAGAGGGAAUUAAGUCCUCCGCUGGAGCAGCUUAUUGACUACAUGACUAAUGCCACAGAAACAGAUGGGAGUAGGGAUGAAGGAUAUGAUGCUCUGGAUGAAGGAGUGGAGGAUGACGAUGAUGACAAAGAAGAAGUUGAGGCCAUUCACUCCUAUAAAGAUGUCAUGAAGCUGUGUGCUGCCCACCUGCCGACACGAUCAGAGGCGCCCAACCACUACCAAGCAGUGUGUCGGGCUCUGUUUGCUGAAACUAUGGAGCUCUACACUUUCCUGGCCAAAAUUAAAAGUGCAAAAGAGAACCUGAAGAAGAUUCAGGAAAUGGACAAAGAGGCAAGUGAUGAAUCCAGCACGGAUCUCGAUGAACUGAAAAAUGCUGACUGGGCCCGUUUUUGGGUGCAGGUGAUGAGAGAUUUACGGAAUGGCGUUAAACUGAAGAAAGUUCAAGAGCGUCAGUACAACCCACUGCCCAUAGAGUACCAGCUCACACCCUAUGAGAUGCUGAUGGAUGAUAUCCGGUCCAAACGCUAUACCUUAAGGAAGGUCAUGGUCAACGGUGACAUCCCACCUCGAUUAAAAAAGAGUGCCCAUGAAAUAAUCCUGGAUUUCAUCCGAUCGCGGCCUCCAUUAAAUCCCGCCUCGGCAAGGAAACUGAAACCAACCCCGCCACGGCCCCGCAGCCUCCAUGAGAGGAUCCUGGAGGAGAUCAAGGCAGAGAGGAAGUUACGUCCAGUCUCCCCUGAUGAGAUAAGGCGGAGCAGGCUGGAUGUACCGACGCCAGAGGCUGGCAGAAAAUUAGUGGAUGCCUCUGUAGUGAACGGCGGCCCGGCACCCCAAGGAAAGCAGAACGGGGCCACACAGGCGACAGUGCAACGCAAGAGACUCCUUAAGGCUCCCACGUUGGCUGAGCUUGACAGCUCAGAUUCAGAGGAGGAAUCAGUGCACCAGUCAGGAAGUAGCAGCAGCAUCUCCCCCUCACAAGUGGAAGACCCCUCUCAAGAAGGAACCAGCAGCAGAAAGAUGCCUCCAAAGUUCUUGCCCAUAUCGUCCACGCCGCAGCCCGAGAGACGGCAGCCGCCUCAGAGACGACACUCCAUUGAAAAGGAAACACCAACCAAUGUGAGACAGUUCCUACCCCCUUCAAAACAGAGCUCCAGGUCACUUGUUCCUAGGAUAACCAGUUUAUUUCCAAGGAUGACUUUCAGACCACUUUUUUCAACUAUGCAAACAGCUUCUCUGCUCAGCUCUCAUCCCGUUGAAGCAGCCAUGUGUGGGGUGGCAGGGGCUAUGUACUAUCUCUGUGAGAGAGCUUUUGCCAGCAGGUGGAAACCCGCAAAGGAGGAGUUCUGUUACCCCGUGGAAUGUCUGGCUCUGACAGUGGAGGAGGUCAUGCACAUCCGUCAGGUGCUUGUGAAGGCGGAGCUGGAGAAGUACCAGCAAUAUAAAGAUGUCUACACUGCUCUCAAGAAAGGAAAGCUCUGCUUUUGCUGUCGAACAAGAAGGUUUUCUUUCUUUACCUGGUCUUACACUUGUCAGUUCUGCAAGAGGCCUGUAUGCUCACAGUGUUGCAAAAAAAUGCGGCUGCCAUCGAAGCCAUACUCCACCCUCCCCAUCUUCUCCCUGGGACCUUCAACCUUGCAAAGGGGAGAAAGCUUCAUGAGGCCAGAGAAACCCUCUACCAGUCACCACCAUUCCCUGCGGAGCAGGUUGACCUCAAGGUCCAAGUCUGUGGAUAAGUCGCACGAAGAGUUUCCCAAAGAAUUAAUGGAGGACUGGAGCACAAUGGAGGUUUGCGUGGACUGCAAGAAGUUCAUCUCAGAAAUCAUCAACUCAAGCCGGCGCAGCCUGUCCCUGGCCAACAAGCGAGCCAGGUUAAAAAGGAAAACGCAGUCCUUCUACAUGUCCUCACCAGGAACCUCGGAGUACUGCCCCUCGGAAAGGACGAUCAAUGAGAUCUGAGCCCCGUGCCUUCUGCUUUGCUUCAUCUCCAUGAGGUCAUCAUCCAUCAGCAAGGUCACUGGAUCCGGAUUGUCACCCCGUUGCUUCGUUCACUUGACUGGCUUGGGUUUGCCUUCGGUCACAGGAUUUCCUGCUCCAGCAGCUCCCGGAGACACAGAGCGCUGUGUUUGGAUCUGUGCAGGGCGAUUCGCGGCGGGGCAGCUGCUCGCACUGGGAGAAAAUCAACAGUUGGGAGUUGCUGCCUCUUUUGUACGUGUGCGUCGAAAUGAGAAAGCCUUUUCUCGCUUUCAGUCUUUUCUUAACCAUGCUUUAAAUCAUUUUUCAGGAGAUGAGCUGAGAGCAGGUGUCUGGUGGAGAUCCAGAUCUAGCACAGUGUCAGCGUUAGCACACUAGCAAACAAUAGGUCCUGCUGCAUUCCCACCCUCGGAAUGCUCACGCCCUCGUUGAGGCAGCCAAGGGCUGCGUCGCACAGCAGGCACCCAGCGGGAGCAGCUCCGGUCAGAUCCAUCUUCCUUUGACCCAUUUGUUGCUCUGAGAUCAGGGUUCAGCACGGGACUCUGUCAGUGUCAGCGCCCUGGGGCAAAGCAGGUGACAAAGCUCUUGGCCCCUGUGGUCGGUCACACCCCUGAGCUGCUGUUCUUCUUAAGCCUUAGUGUCCUUCUGAGUGACUCCUGAGCAGGUUUUAGUCGUUCACUUUCUAUCUUGAAUGUAUGAUACCGACUACUAGUAGCAGUGAAUUUUAGUAGUAGACAAAGUUGUACAGUUUAUGGGGAGGACGGGAAAUAAGGGAGGCUUCUAAUUUUAACUGAAUACCUGUAAAAUUGUUCUUAUGGUUACUCAGAGAAAGCAGUGAGUAAGGUGUAAAUUUGUAUUAUAAUGGACCCCACAGAUACUGCUAUAGUUCUGUCUGACAGCAUAUCCACUAGUAGCCCCAUUUUUUCUGGGGUUUAUAACUUGGCUAUAAAAAUUCGUGUUUGGCUGAAAUUUGGGACAGCGCUCUCUCAGAUUGGGAGCGAUCUCUUUUUUUUCCUUUAAUCUUUUUUUCAUUCUUUCCCCAUUUUAAUUCACUCACAAGGGAGUGCUAGACUAAUUGUUUAGAAGUUCCAACAAUUUUACAACGUUAACUGACUUCUCAUGCUUUUUUGCACUUUUUUUAUAUUCAAAAUACUUUUUUUUUUUAAAUUCAGUCAUAGACAGAGUUUAGUCAAUAAUUUGGGGCCAGAUCUUUUUGGUAUUUAAAUACAAGCUAACAUAGCCAAGUUAUUAAUACUUGAAAUCAACUACUGUAACUUUUUUCAUAAAUUUUUUAAUACCCUGAGGCAUAUUUAAUAUCUAUAUAGCAGUGUAUUAUAGAAUGACAUAGCAGAAAAGUUUCAGAUCUAUUUAUUAACAUUUCUAUUCUUCGAGUUAAUGAGAGAUACCUCAGAACUGCUCCAAAGUUGCUGGAACUGGACUUCCAUAACAUAAUUUUAAAGGUGUAUUAAACAAAACAGCUUCCUCUGUCCAAAAAACCCAAGAGACAGACUGCCCCUCUGGCCCUGGCAAUGCACAGUGCCCAGGCUGGGAGGCACCAGGGCUGCUUGGCUCCCAUUUGGCAGCCUUUGGAGCAGCCAUCCAUAUCAUCUCUUUUAGGCUGAUUUGAAAAGCACAUGCAAAAGUCUCUGUAAACCUUCCCAGGGAGUCAGCCAUCCUUAUUUUUUUCUUAAAAGCCCCCUUGGAAAAUGAGAAUUUUCACAUACGUGAAACUAUUGAAAUAGUUUCUAUUUUUUUCUGAACCAAUGCAAACAGGAAAAGCAGGGCUGAGUGCUAACUCUCCCUCCUUGCUGUCCCAUUUAAGGUCAGGUGUCACAGCCCUCUCCUCAUGGUACCUCUGGAAAAGUGUCUUGCAUGUUAAGGCAUCUGGAGUACUGGCAUGGCACAGGGAUGUAGGAUUGCAGGGGAGCAGCACAGGCUGGCUGGUAGGAAAGGUUCUGCUGUUGCUGGAAGGGUUGCCUGAUCUCAGUCACAUCAGCACUUUUUCUUGUUUCUGUGCCAAAACCAGGCCAUGUAUUUGCUGCACAGUGCACCGGGGGAACCAGACAGAAACAAAUGCAGGAAAUCUCACUUUGCAUUUGCCCUGUUGUUGUUGGGACUUUUUCAUGGAGAUGCCCUGGCCACGUUUCAGUUGCGCAGUCCUCUGCUCGCAGUCUGCUUCCCUGAUGUCCUCAAACCACCGAGGUGCAGGGCAUCCAGCACAUUAAUUUUCCUCUUGGAGAGGAAUUUGGGAUGUUGUAGAGCAGGCAGGAUGAAGGACUAAGUAGCUCCCGAGCAUGUGAAGGCAAACAAGUCUUUCAUGCCUGUGCCCUGCUCCACUCUGGCAGUGUCCAGGGGUGGCUCUGAGGCAGUGGCAGAGCCUUGUGAUCCAGCCUGUGCCUUGCCAGAAGUCCCACAAGUCCUUGGCUCAGGGCAGGCUCUGCUGUGCUGAGCAGGGCACAAACACUGAAAAACAACACAGUGGUUGUACAGAUGGCACCCUGUUGCUCACACAGAGCUGCCCUGGGCCAGGGCCUGGAUAACCUCCCUUUUUCCCUGGAAAAAACCCUCCAAGCUGCUGACACGUGCUGUGGCAGGCUCCAGAAGACACGGUGUGGAGGGCUGCCUCUCCCCUUGGCUCCUCCCUGGCACAGUUGCUCCGCAUUAUCCCAGCAUUUCAUUCCGCGAGCAGCGGGUUGGUUGGUCGCGGGAAGCCUGAAGGAGCUAAGCUCGCUGGUUGCCUGGCUCUGCAGAGGGGGCUAUUUUUAGCUUUCCAUCUCCUCCCUGCCUGCACCAGCAUCCCAAAUGCACUGCAGCCAUUGGCCCAGCACCCCGUGGUGCUGCCCAGCAUGUCCUAGUUACGGGCUGAACUUCACGUCAGCGUCGGAGGGGGAAAUCAGAAGCUUGUAAAUAUCUGUAAUAUAUUUAUUAAUAUUUAGGAAGUCUCCAUCAAUCAUGAAAUGGGAAUUGAAUUUCCCAUGAUGUUUUAAAAAGGAAACGAGUCUUAUUUAUGUGUGUGUUGGCUGUUAUCUUUUAUUAGAGUUAACGCUUUCAGCCCCCUAAUACAGUUUGCACAUCUUAGAAUGAAUUACUGCUGAAAAGAACGUGGCACUAGCACAGUGAACUCCGUUCCACGAAUUUUAAAAUUUUUUUUUUUUUCUUUUUUAGCUGUAUUAGUAUGCCCAAGGUCUGUUAAAAUAUAUCAUAGGAGAUCCAAGGAGCUAAAAAUGCCUCUGGCAGGAUCAGUCUUGUUUUGUAUGUGAACCUGGUUGUGGGGAAUGCAAAACCAGCUCUGCCUCAUGGUGGUGAUGGAAGAUGUGAGCAGGGUUUUGCUGCAGCUCUCAGACCUGACCUUUCAAGUGUUCAUGGUGACAGUAGUGUUUUGAGGGGUUGUUGGUUUUUUUUUUCCCUUUCUCCAUUACUUCCUUUAUACAGGGAGGGGUGUUACCUGGUAAAAAUAAAAUGCCUUUCCAUUAUAACCUUUGUCUGUGUUAAUUAUUCAUGGGGAAGCUGAUUUAAAGGUUCUGUCUCUCUCUUUUUCAUGCUUUUAUGGUUUUGUAAGAUCAGUCAGAUGUUUCUUUUGGCAAAGAAUUUUUAACAAAAAUGAUUGCAUAACAGCUGAACACUGGCUGGGCUGCAUGAGGGAUGAAAACCUGUUGAAGUACCUUUAGAAUAGCAAUAAAAACUGCUUGUGUAACCCCA